CCGAGGCUGGGAACUCGAUCGAAUGGAUCAGAGCGCCGCCGCUCGGACGGAGGCUCCGGCGAGCUACGCCGCCGCCGCCGUCCACCCCUACCACUACUCUGCCCCACCGGAGUACCACCAUAACCCUACCUUGAUUCAGCAGCAGUUUUACUACCCUUAUCCCGCCCCAAACCCUUGCCCUAAUGGAACCGCCAUGGUUGCCCUCCCGUCGGAGCCGCCACCGGUGCAGGUGGAGGCCUACGUGACGGAGCAGCAAGCGCCUGCACCUUUGCAGCCGCCACCGCCGGGCACGGCUGGUGUAGGGUUCUCGCAUUACUAUCCCCCGAUGAUGAUGAUGGGUGCCACGGAUGCAAAAAUGGAGGCUUUGAAGCAGGCGGUUCUUCAGUAUGGUGUUGAUCCUGGUGGGUAUGGAUCGUCCCUGACAAGUUCCUCAUAUGUGGCGGUGCCAACAGUUCAAUUUCCAGUGCAACAUACUCACCUGAUCAAUAAGGUGAAGCAUCCUCCCAUGAAAAGAGUCAAGCAAAAGUCAUCGAAGCCAAAAGCCAAACUCACACAGUCUACAUACUGUGGGGUCUGCAAGGUCGAAUGUAACAGUGCAGAUGUUCUAGAGAGUCAUAGACAAGGUAAGAAACACAAGAAAAACAUGCAAAAGUUGCAGGAAGCCAUCACGCCAAAGCCUGCGAAACCUCCUCAAUCUAAUUCCAAGAAAAAGGGGGAAACCCCUGCUGUGGCUGACAGUGAAAGGAAAGAGCCAAUACAAGAGCAGAAAGGGAAGACAACAGCUCCAGCCCCUCCGGAGAAUAUAGAGAUGAAGAAACAGAAGGUCUUGCAAGCCGGGGCAAAGGAGAGUGAGGUUAGGGUUUGCACCAUAUGCAACAUUGUCGUCAAUAAUGAGUCGGUUUUUAAUUAUCAUAUCGCGGGACAAAAGCAUGCAUCCAUGGUGAAAAAAUGGCAGGAGAGUGUAAAAGCAGGGCAGGCAAUGGGGAAUUGAAGAUGUUCAUCUUCUUUGUUGCAUAUUCCUUGCAACAAAGAGUACUUCUAUGUUUUUCUCUCUUUUUUUUUUAAAAAAAGAAAAAAAGAAAAUCCAAGACAUGGAGUUUUACUUCUCAUGUCAUCUUGGCUUCAUGAUCUUAUUAUUGUAAGAAAAAUACCAUAUCUCGUUGCAAGCUCAAUUUAUUUCAAUGUUUAUAUU